GAGUCUGCAUUCUGUUCCUUGUGGCAGGUGGAAGACGGCGAUUCAUCUUCUGAAAUUUCAGAUGACGAGGUUUUGGUCAGAGAUCGAUACGAUCGAUCGGAGACCCGUCCCAUCCUUUCUGUGCAACGCGUCAGUAACAUCGAUCACUUUGAUAUCGUGGAACGAGUGGAGAUGGGCCAGAUGGCAUCACUGUUCUUUAAUAAAGUUGGUGUGAACUUGUUCUACAUCUGCCUCAUCGUCUAUCUUUAUGGAGACUUGGCAAUCUAUGCUGCUGCUGUGCCCAUGUCGCUGAUGGAAGUAGCCUGUGGCAACCACUCCUGCAGUGCCGGAAGCAGCUUCAAGCACAACGACACGGAGCAGUGCUGGGGUACCGUCAAGCGGCAAGACGCUUACAGGAUAUUUCUGGAGUUGCUACAGUCGGCUAAGUGUGAAGCACCCUACUGGGUAAACUGGGAGCGGAAGUGUGCGAGGGGCACCGUUCAACGGGACGACGAGCCACAAGAGCUGAAUGAAGUGCCGGGUGCCGGGCACGCUCUUUGUCCGACCUUUCCAAGUG